AUGCCACCAAAAAAAGCUUCUGGAGGUUCAGGUGCCUCAAAAAAAACUGAACAAAAGCGAAAAGAAAAGGUACUGGAAGACAAAACCUUUGGCCUUAAAAAUAAAAAAGGAAAUAAAAUGCAAAGAUAUAUUCAACAAGUUGAACACCAGGUAAAGCAUGGUUCCAUUUCAAAAGAAAAGCUAGCUGCUGAGAAAGCUUCAAAAAAGAAGGGUAUUGAUGAUGAUCUUAAGGAUAUUACAAAACUUAUCAAGCCAGUACUUGAUACACCAAAAACUGGAAAAGAUGUUGAUCCAAAAUCUAUUCUUUGUGCAUUUUUUAAACAAGGUAUGUGUACUAAAGGAAGUAAAUGUAAAUGGUCCCACGAUUUGAAUAUACAAAACAAAGCAGUGAAGAAAAAUAUUUACUUUGAUUCGAGAGAUUUGAAAAAAGAUGAAAAUGAGACAAAUGAAAAUUGGGAUGACACUAAAUUGAAGGAAGUUGCUGAGAAAAAACAUGGUGAAAAGGAUAGAAAACGUCAAAAUCAAACUGAUAUAAUUUGUAAAUAUUUCUUAGAUGCUGUUGAAAACAAUAAAUAUGGAUGGUUCUGGGAAUGCCAAAAUGGUGAUACUUGUAUUUAUCGUCAUGCCUUACCUGAAGGAUAUAUUCUUAAGAAAGAUAGAAAAAGAUUAGAGGAAUUAAAUAAGAAGGAGGAAAUAAGUCUUGAAGAAUUGAUUGAAAAAGAAAGAGCAAAUCUAAAUACUUUGAGUUGUACAAAAGUUACAUUAAAAACUUUUGUUGAAUGGAAGAAAGCACGUCUUUUGGAGAAAAAAAUAAAAGAGCAAGAAGAGUUGAAACAGAAACAGAAAGAUGCCAAAAUGGGAAAAUAUAGUAUGGUUACUGGAAAAGAAAUGUUUAUGUUUGCUUCUGCAUCAACAAAUCAAGAUGCUGAUGAUGAUGAAGGAGUUGAUGUUGAUUAUACUAAAGAAAAAGAUGAAGAAGAAGACAAUGUUGAGGCAUAUGAUAUCGAUGACAGAACAUUCUUAGUUCUCCAGUCUGGUGAUGUAUUGGACGAAGGUCUGGAUAUAAAUAAUUCUGAAAAAGUGGAAACUAAAAAUGAAGCAAUUGAUGUAGAUGAAGAUUUGUUCCAAGACGAUGACAUUCCUGAUGAGUCAGAUGAUGAAGAGAAACCUGAAGAUGACAUUGAAAAAAAAGUAGGAAAACUAAAAAUAUAG